AUCAACGGCAUAGGGUCUUCACCUUCCGUCACAAGGUUCUUGUACUUAACCUUGUAGAAGGAGCCGCAGGGAAGCUUGGACAACACCUUGGCCUCGAAGUAAGACCCGAAGAAACCAACUUGUUUGCUGCAUACUUCAACUUUAUCUCCUUUCACGAACUUCUCUUCCAUUGUUAAAGAAUGUUUAUCACUGAUUUUGUGUUUUAUUUGUGAAGAUACAAGAAGAGGGGUAUGUGUGUAUUUAUAAAGAGUUUGUUUCCUUUUUUGUAAUUUCCUUUUUCGUUUCGAACUGCUUGUUGUUUCCUUUUCUUCUCUGUUUUUUUUUUGUUUCAUUUUCGUAAUUAAAUGGAAAUUAUAUGAUUAGGCAAUGAGGAUGCGUAUUAUUCUAUUGACAAUCUAAUGUACAUGAAACUCUAUUGAUAAUCUAAUGUACAUGAAAGUGACUGUAUAUUCACUGGUUAUCUUAUAUUUUACAAUUAAGGCAUAAUUGAUAAUUUUGGCAAAUAUUACUAAAAAGCAUGUGUAAUGAGAUUCUCAAUCUAAAUCCAAAUGUAAAUAUUUUAUAUUUUAAUUUAUGAAUCUCUCAAAAUCACAAGAAAACUACUUUAAAAUAUUUUUAUCUGAGUAUUCAAUAUCAUUAAUUCUAAUAUAUUUUAUUUUAUUACAUUUUGAGACAUUUUUUAGAUCCUGAAAAACGCCGUUAAAAAUAAAUUACAAAAGAAAAAGGAAACGGCAACGCUGAACGCUUCAUAAAACUCGUACAAUAACAGUCCUAAACCCUUUGUUUAGAUCUCAAAACCCUAAAAUCGCAAUUCUACCAGUCUUAUUCGCGCCGCCGCCUCUCCCUACUACUCUCACCGUAGAAUGAGCUCCCCCGCCGCUCCUCCACCGUUAUACCACUCGAAAAUCGACACAAAGAACGUCAACAGAGCCUUAAAGUCUCUACUAAAAUGGCGGGACUCCAAAUCCAACCCCCAGAACUCAUCAGAGCCCCUCGAUAACAACAACAACAACACCGACGGCGGCUUCGUCUACCUAGUCGUAACCCUAAAGAAGCCUCCCCAGAUCGACCGCACCAAUCCGAUAACGAUCCCUCUCCCUCACCCUCUAAUCGACUUAAUCGAAUCCCCUCCGGAGCUUUGCCUAAUCAUCGACGACAAGCACAAGAACAAAAUCACGAAGGAGACGGCUCUGAAGAAGAUCGAAGCGGAGAAGAUACCAAUCACGACCGUGAUCAAGGUCUCGAAGCUGAAGGCGGAGUUGAAGAAGCUGGAGGCGGAGGGAGGGAGGCGGCACGAACUCUUCUUCGCGGAGAGGAGGCUGAUGCCGAUCUUGCCGAAGCUUCUGGGGAAAGAGUUUGUUAAGAGGAAGAAGAGUCCGAUCGCGAUUAACUUGAGGAGCGGGAACUGGAAGGAGCAGGUUGAGAGAGUUUGCGAAUCGGCUUUGGUCUACGUGGGAACGGGGACGUGUAGCGUUGUGAAGGUGGCGAAGUUGUCUAUGGGGAGGAAGGAGAUUGCGGAGAAUGUUGUGGCGGUUAUGGAGGGGAUCGCUGGUUCGAUUCCUGGGAAGUGGAGGAAUGUUAAGUUGUUUCAUUUGAAGUUGCUUGAGAGCUUGGCUUUGCCUGUUUAUGAAUCGGUUUGAGAUGUGGUGAGCUCUUGAAUGUUUUGGUUGGUUACAAGUUUUUGGGUUAAUUUUAGUGGAGUUUUCUCUUAUAUGAUGUUGCUGAAAGUGUUUAGAUUAUGCCGAGAUUGAACUGAACAGAACCAUUACAAUGCAACAUGUGACUUGAAUGCAGAAAAAACACUUCCUUUUCAGGUAGACGUAACAAAUCACAUAGAAUGGCUUUAGAGAUUA